AUGGUUCCACCACUGUCUGGAUUUCUUCAAUCCAUCAAAGUAAGCAGUGGGAAACAGGUGAUGAUUACAGACCAGCUGUAUGGUGAACACACCAUUUCGGAACCUGUACUGGUUAGCCUCUUCGAAUCCCCUGAGCUGAGACGACUCGACGGGGUACAUCAGCAUGGAGUGACGGGACUUCUGGGUUUAACGCCUCGAGUGACCCGCCUGGAGCAUUCUGUUGGUGCAUUUCUGCUGGUGCGGAAGGUGGGCGGCAGUCUCGAAGAACAAGUUACAGCAUUACUUCACGAUGUAAGUCAUACAGCGCUGAGCCAUGUGGUGGACUGGGCCCUUUCGAAACCCGGUGAAGAUAGCUUCCACGAAGUACAUAAGGAGCGAUAUUUGAAGACGACCCAGCUGCCUGAACUGCUCAUUCAGCAUGGCUUUGACGACUUGAAGCCCUUCCGGGAGGAUCUCUUCCCAUUGGUUGAAAUGCCCUCGCCACAUCUCUGCGCAGAUCGACUGGACUACGGCCUGCGUGACUCAGUCGCGUUUGGAAAAUUAAGCCUAGAAUACGCUCAUCGAAUCUAUGCCUCUCUGAAGGCCUCGCCGGACGCCUCAUCCCCCCAUCGCCUGAUGGUGCUGGAAGACGUCGAACUGGCUCUUACACUCGCCCGAGCCUACUUGGCGACGGAUCGAGAUAUAUGGUCUAACCGAUCGAACAUCAACCUAUAUCAGCGAACGGGUCAAGUGAUUGGGAACUUGAUACGACGUGGUGUGAUCAAGGAAGAGCUGCUCUGGGCGGGGUCGGAUGAGGAGUUUUGGAAAACAAUCCGCAGUGCCGCAGACCCAGGCAGCUUGGACAGUAUGAAACACCUCGAAACUGGAGGCAUGCCCAGUGAGGAAGGCCUGAAUCUCCCCCAAGGUACCAAAAUUCGCACAAUUGACCCAGAUAUCCACCUUGAGCCAUCGACGCCACCUUGCCCGUUGUCUAUGGUGCGCCCAGAAUGGGCAACCGAAAGACAGGAAUACAUUCGCAGUCGGCAGAGCAUGAUGCGUAAUUAG